AUGUCACAAAUAACUUAAAGUAAUAAUAAUAUAUAUGAAUAUAGUAAUCAGAAAGAUGGAUAUCUUUGGAUAACCAAUUAACUUAAAUCUUGAUUUAAAUACAAAAUAUAAAAGUUCAUUUGGAGGAUUAAUAUCUAUAUUCAUUAUACUCUUACUCAUUAUUUAUAGUGUUAAUGAAAUAAUAGGGUACACUAUCUAAAGAGGUAUAUAGAUUACAUAAGAAGUAUAAUAAAAAUUAUAGUGAUAGACUAAAUUCAGCUAUGAUCCUGAUCUAUUAGAACUUAAUCAAACAAAUUUCAUUUUUGCAAUUAGGGUCAAUCAAUAAGACUUUUACAAUUCUCCUACAUUUGAUAUAAUAAUUAAUCAAAGAUAAUAAAAGAAUAACUUAAGACUUCAAUUAUAAUAAUGCACUUUAGAACAAUUCACAAGUCUUAUUAACUCAGAUAAGAUUUUAGAAUUUCUUCAAUCUAACUAAAUGGAGACGUGGUUGUGUCCUACUUCUUAGUUCUCCAUUCAAUUAGAAGGGACUUAGUAUUGUAGAUAGUUUAUAGAUAAUUUUAGCUUUAUCAUUUAAGAAUUUAAUUAUAGAUGUAAGAAAAUGUGAAGAAUUGAGUAGUUGGGGUAAAACAUGUAAAGAGUUAGAGGAAAAUGAAUCUUAUCAAUUAUAAUUUAUCACAAAGAAUACAGUAUGUUAAAUUAUAAAUGAAUUUAGUUUAUAAAUCCAUUCAAUAAUGAAUUUGUUGCUGAAGAUUAUUUAGAUAAUUCAAUGAGUUUACAAUUAAAUCCAGGAGAUCUGUAGAGAAUUGAUUACCAUUUUGAUAAGCAUAUUACAAAGGAUUUCCAAGGACAGCUAAAGAUAGAGUAGUGUUGCCAAAUCAUAUUAGAGGAUUACUUGAUGAAGAGAAUUUGAGUGUAUUUUCUACAAACUCUUACAGAUAAUUAUAUGAGGGAAAGAAUGAUAGUAUAUGGACACGUAUUGUAUUUAUGCGUAGUAAUUUCUCUACUAAUUAUAAUCGAGAGUAUUAGACUAUAACUGAUUUAUUAUCAAAAAUAGGUGGAUUAUCAUAAUCAGUAAUAUCUAUUGUUGGAGUACUUAUAACAUAUUAUAAUAGAACAUAAUGUAAUAAUAAAAUAAUAAUUAGUUUAUUUGGAAAUUUCUAAUAGACUUUAUGAUUAUGAUUUUAAUACAGAUUCUGAUUAAGGAACUAAAGGGUCAGGUCUAGUAGAUCCAUUUCAUAUUAGUUCCUAAACUUAACAAGAGGGAGGUACUAAAACAAAAAAAAGGAAACUUGAUGAAAUUAAAUAAAAUGAAGAAAAAUAGGAUUCGAUGGAAGAGGAUCCAUAAUAUAAGGAAAGGGUGAUGAAAGUAGUUGAAGAACAUAAAAAGAUUAUGGAGAAAUAUAAAUUUAAGAGCAGAAAGCAUUUUCUAUUAUCUACAUUUUAAUAGACAAUAAUGACAAAAAAAUCAAUUAAUUUAAGUUUAAAAUACUUUUUGUAUUCUUUUUGUUGUAAAAAAGCAAAUUAUAAAUAAGAUAGUCAAUUAUUUUUAUUAUAAAAAUCAUUAAAUAGUGUUAGAUAAGAAUUAGAUGUAUUUUCAAUAUUAAAUAGAAUUCAUUAAGUUGAAAAAUUAAAAUAAAUUCUAUUAGAUCGUGAUUAAUUAAUUUUAUUUAAUUAUACUCCUAAACCAGUAAUUGGAAUAAAUGAAAAAGAUAAAGAAACAAAUUUUCUUCAUUAUUCUAAAUAAUUAUCUUUAAAAUAGAUGUCUUUAAUUGAAGUGGCUGAAUAAAUUAAAUAGUAAUUGAAAUCCAGUUUCUUAACUAAGGAACAUCUAAGUAUAGAAAGUGUAUUCAAUUCUUAUAAGGCUAUUGCUGCUAAAAAUAGGAAAUCAAAUAGAUAUUAUUAUAAAAUUAAUAGAAAAUUAAAGUAAUUUUUAGGAGAUUAAGUUAAAGCAUUAUUCAAAGCAUCUAAAAUAUUAAAAUUUCCUGAAGAUGAUCAAAUUUUCUAAAUUUCAGAUCUUCUAUCUAUUGGAGAAGAGAUGGCUAUAUAAAUACCAUUACAAUUGAAACCAUAAAUGAAUAUAAAUUAACAACACUAAUGA